UAGAAAAGGUAACCUUAGAAAAUUCAUGGGUCCAGAAAGGCCAGAUCUUGAUGACAAAGGGGACGAUGAAUCACUGUUCUUCAGUUUUACAAGCAUAGAAAUUGCCACAGAUCAUUUUUCUGAGGAAAACAAACUUGGUCAAGGAGGAUUUGGUCCUGUCUACAAGGGUAAACUGGUCAACGGGCUAGAGAUUGCAGUUAAAAGAUUGAAUAGAAUGUCAGGACAUGGAAUUGAACAAUUCAAGAAUGAAGUCAAAGUGAUCUCAAAGCUGCAACAUCGAAACCUUGUUAGACUUUUGGGCUCCUGCAUUGAGAAAGAAGAGCGUUUAUUGGUAUACGAGUACUUGCCGAAUAACAGUCUGGAUUCAGUUCUUUUUGAUGCAGCAAAGCGGAAUAUAUUGGAUUGGAAAAGAAGGUUGAAAAUCAUUGAAGGGGUAGCUCAGGGGCUUUUGUACCUCCACAAGUAUUCUAGAUUAAAAAUCAUCCAUAGAGAUCUGAAAACAAGUAAUGUUUUAUUAGACGCAGACCUGAAUCCCAAAAUUUCAGAUUUUGGAACCGCCAGAAUUUUUGGAGAGAAUGAGAUGCGCGGAAGUACAAUGAACAUUGUUGGGACAUAUGGUUAUAUGUCUCCUGAAUACGCCAUGGACGGGGUUUACUCGGAGAAGUCCGAUGUAUUUAGCUUCGGAAUCAUGAUUCUUGAGAUCAUAAGUGGAAAGAAGAACACUUCUUUCUACGAUUCGGAUCGUCACCUAAACUUAAUAGGACAUGUCUGGGAUCUAUGGACAGAAGGAAAAAUUUCAGAAAUCACAGAUUCUUGUUUGGAUGAAACAGUCUCAACAAGGGAAGCACUAAAAUAUGUUCACGUUGGUUUAUUGUGUGUGCAAGAAAAGGCAGGAGAUAGACCAACAAUGUCGGACGUGGUAUCCAUGCUCCUCAAGGAAUCAAUGGUUCUUGCCUCUCCUAAGCGACCGGCUUUUGCUGAAAUUAUGACUCUUAACAAUACCAAGUUACCUCAAAAUCCAGAAUUUGGUUCUUUGAACGAGGUCACAAUUUCAGAUGUGCAGGGUAGAUGAUUAUUUCUUGGCCAGGCGUAUAUUUUCUUGCUGGGUAGAGAAAGGUGGGAAGCCGGCCCUAUCCUCAAGUUAGGGGUGGCCACUGCUGAUAAUCAGUCUCAAUUCUUUUGUGGAUUCAUUUUGGAUUUGAAUUUGAUGACUGAUUAUUCCAGUAAUCAAACAUUAUUUUAUUUAUUAGUAAUUUGGCAACCAACUCAUUUAAGUGAGUUGGAGGAUCAACUUAGAAACCCUCCUGAAUUUUAUAACUUACUUAGUAUUGUUGAACUUUAAAAAAUAUCACUUUAUCUCUCGUAUUUUCAACUUUUUGUAGCAUUGUAAUCUCAUUUUAAAAUAUAUUAUUAAAAACUCAUUCUUGGAACGAA